ACAUCUCCACCAUUUUCCCUUGAUCUGGUUCAACUUCAAAUUUACAUACAUUUUCGGUUUCUAUGGCGGGGACGGUGGCGGUGGCGGUGGCGAUGGUCGUGGGCGCGCUGCUCGGCGGGGCGGUCGCGCAGCAAGUGCCUUGCUACUUCAUUUUUGGUGACUCUUUGGUGGACAAUGGGAACAAUAACCAGCUUCAAUCUUUGGCUAGAGCUGAUUAUUUGCCUUAUGGGAUUGAUUUUGGUGGACCCACUGGAAGGUUCUCCAAUGGCAAAACUACUGUUGAUGUUAUUGCGGAGCUAUUGGGAUUUGACGAUUAUAUCCCUCCCUACGCCACCGCAAGAGGCCGAGACAUCCUCAGAGGCGUCAAUUACGCAUCCGCCGCCGCCGGAAUUAGAGAGGAAACCGGACGCCAAUUGGGAGGACGGAUAAGCUUCAGAGGGCAGGUGGCCAAUUACCAAGAGACGGUGUCCCAAGUGGUAGAUCUUCUUGGGGAUGAGGACUCAGCUGCAACCUAUUUGAGUAAAUGCAUUUACUCAAUAGGGCUGGGAAGCAAUGACUAUCUCAACAACUACUUCAUGCCCCAAUUUUACUCAACUGGCAACCAAUUUACUCCUCAAGAGUAUGCUCAAGAUCUUCUCCAACAGUAUUCCGACCAACUUACGCUUUUGUACAACUAUGGAGCGAGGAAAUUUGUGGUAUUUGGAAUAGGUCAAAUAGGUUGCAGCCCAAAUGAGUUGGCUCAGAACAGCCCAGAUGGAAGAACUUGUGUUCAAAGGAUCAACUCAGCCAACCAAAUAUUCAAUGCUGGCCUUAGAUCCAUGGUUGAUCAAUUCAAUGCCAAUCAAGCUGAUGCAAGAUUCAUCUACAUUGAUUCUUAUUCCAUUUUCCAAGAUAUUAUUAACAAUCCAGCAGCGUUUGGUUUUAAGGUUACCAAUACUGGGUGUUGUGGAGUAGGAAGGAACAAUGGCCAAAUUACAUGCCUACCAUUUCAAACUCCUUGUUCAAACAGAGAUGAGUAUCUAUUUUGGGACGCAUUUCAUCCGACAGAAGCCGGGAAUGCCGUUGUAGGACGGAGAGCUUACAGCGCUCAACAUCCGACCGAUGCAUACCCGAUCGAUAUUCGUCGUCUUGCACAACUCUAAGAUUGAUUUGGCUGAGGAUAUAUAUAUGUUAUGGAUUUGUUAGCAAGCUCUAUGGUUCAUAAAUAUAUAUAUAUAUAUUAUAUAUACUUCUCUCAAUUAGUUUCUUUCUUUUGUGUUUGGGGUGUUCCUGCCUUUUGUUGUCUGUAUUAUUGUAUGCUGUAAUUUCUAUCUACCAAUUCUACUAAAUUGUUCUUUUUUACAUGGGAAGAAGAAAA